AGUGAGCAGCACGUCACUAUUUGAAAAUGGCGUUGAUUGGUGACAUCGGUAGAUUAUUUUUACCAAUAAUUUUACUUUUAUUAAGUACAAAAUGUAGUGCAAAUGAUAUUCUAGGAUGCGGCGGAUUUGUAAAAAGUCAUGUUCCAUUGGAUUUCUCUAAAAUAGAAAUAGGAUUGUAUACCAAAGAAGGCAGUUUGAAGGAGAAGACUGAAUGUGCCCCUACUAAUGGCUAUUACUUCCUGCCUCUGUACGAGAAAGGGGAAUAUGUGUUGAAAGUCCAUCCACCAGCUGGGUGGAGCUUUGAGCCGUCUGAGGUGAACUUAUCAGUAGAUGGAGUCACCGACCAGUGCUCCUCUGGUCAGGAUGUUAACUUCGCGUUCAAUGGGUUCGGCAUAGCGGGGCGAGUGAUCACCGCGGGACAGAAGCAAGGGCCCAGCGGUAUAGCCAUCCAACUGGUGGAUGAUAAAGGACAAGUUCGUAACACUGUCACUACAGUUGGUGGUGACUUUCAUUUUACACCUGUCAUCCCUGGAAAGUAUACUGUGAAAGCUUCUCAUCCUAAGUGGAAGUUAGACCCUGCUCAGGCUGUGGUACAAGUGAAGGAGGGCAACACUGCACUGCCAGUGGGUGUGAUUGCAGUGAAGGGGUAUGAUGUGUCAGGAUCAGUCACAUCGUUCGGCAGUCCCAUCGGAGGAGUUUAUGUGCUGUUAUAUUCAAAGGAGGAAAGUCCUAAAUUCCGAGUGGAAGGCUGUAAUACAGCUCUCCUGCAAGGAGUACCAGAUGCACCUAUUUGCCAUUCCAUUACCAAUGCUAAUGGAGAGUUUAACUUUGGCCUGGUGCCGGCCGGGGAGUACAAACUCAUGGCUCUGCCAACACCGCCCGGACAGGUGACAGUCAGCUACAAUGUGAGGCCGGAAGCCGUUCCCUUCACUGUUAGACAUGACAGUCUGUUCAUUAAACAUGCUUUUGAGGUAACUGGGUUCACAGUAGUGGGAACAGUGGUAAAGUCAGUAGGAGGGCCAGGCUUGGCCGGUGCUCAGGUCUUGUUGGACGGCACACCCAUUGGCAAGUCUGAUGCAGCUGGUAAAUUCACUCUGCCCAACCUGCAGCCUUCUACUUACACUAUUGGAUUCCAACAUGAACAAUGUGAACUGGACGACAUCCAACUGGUAGUAUCCCCGACGGGUCCGCGCAGCGCCCCGUCAGGCCGCGCGGCUCGCUGGCGCGUGUGCGGCGGCGUGAGCCCGGGCGCCGGCCGACACGUGCUGCUGGCGCAGGCGGCGGCCACGGCCAGAGUGCACGCGGGCGCUGAUGGUAGCUGGUGCACGUACCUCGCGCCUGGCGUUUAUAAUGCUAAGGUUGAUGUGUCGGAGCAAGAGCAGAGAGAGGGAUUGCAAUACUACCCUCUAACUCAGAAAGUAUCAGUAGGCAACGCUCCCGUAGAAGGCAUAACAUUCUCCCAGCUGAAGAGUCGCGUGAGCGGUCGCGUGCAGUGCCUGCUGCCGGCCGCCUGCGCCGCCGUGCCCGUCACGCUGCGACCGCUGUCGCCUGACGGCGGGUACGUGGGGCAGCCCAUGACUACUGUGGCUAAAGAUGGUAAAUACACAUUCGAGGAAGUCCUGCCUGGCAGCGUGGAGAUAUCAGUGGAGAGUGACGCGCUGUGCUGGGCAGAGGCGCGGCACAACGUGGCGGUGACGCAGGACCACGCCACUGUGCCCACCUUCGAGCACACCGGCUAUGUGCUCAAAGUACACUCCUCACAUGAAGUUGACAUUGAAUACAGCAGCGCUUCGUCCAAGGGAGUGUUAACUGUGCCGGCGGGUGCGAGCCAGCAGUGCGUGCCGGCGGCCGAGCGCUACACGCUGACGCCGCGCGGCUGCCACCGCUUCACACCGCAUCAGGCCGAGGCUGACACUUCCACCCUUGUGCCUACUACGGUAUACUUCGUGGCCACAGCUCACGCGGUAGUCAUCAAGGUGACGUCACCAGAGCCAGUUGAAGAUCUGCUUCUCCACAUCAGUACAGAUGAGCACUCCUCGAAGGCUGUGGGACCUCUGGUUCCUUUGAAGCAGCCGGGAGGGGGCUAUGGUUUUGAACACACCUUGUAUAUGGCUGAUGGCGAAGUAGCAGUAGUAUCAGCGUCAUCGUCGUCGCUGCUGAUGUCGCCGGCGUCCCCGCAGCAGGUGGUGGGUCGUGCUCGCUGCCAGUCGCAUGCACUAACUAUUCGUGCCCGCGCCGCGCUUACAUUACGCGGACGUCUGGUGCCGCCCGUGCCGCAAGUCACGCUCACACUCACCUCUGACGACGUAAAACAGACUCAAGUGACCACAGAAGACGGCACGUACCGCUUCGGUCCGCUCGACGCGUCCAAACAUUACAAGAUCACCGCCGAGAAGGAGUCCUACGUGUUCAGUGCUCCUGACGAUAACGGAGAUAUUAUCGCACAUAAACUCGCUGAGAUUACUGUGGAGCUGCUUGAUGAUGCUGACAGUACUCCAUUACAGGGCGCAUUAGUAUCAGUGAGCGGCGGCUCGUACCGGCGCAACGUGGCGUCGGGCGCUGCGGGCCGCCUGCGCUUCGCGUCGCUGGCGCCCGCGCAGUACUACGUCAAGCCCAACAUGAAGGAGUACCGCUUCACGCCGCCGCACCACCUCGUGGACCUGCCCGAGGGACAGGCGCAUCAUAUCACGCUCAGAGGUGUCCGCGUAGCAUGGUCGUGUUCCGGAGCACUGGUGUCGCUAGGAGGAGUGGGCAUAGCUGGUGCUGCAGUGCUGGCGACGCCGCUGCCGCAGCAGCCCACGCACUGCGCCACCGAGGAGGCCAGCACUGAAGCUAAUGGCGCUUUCAGAAUUCGAGGACUUUUACCGAACUGCUUGUACAACAUUCAGCUGAAGGAAUCUACUUCCGCAGAGCUGGCUGGACUCAAGCUGGCCAAAGCUCCUCCAGUUUUAGAGGUGAAAAACAACAAAGACAUCGAGAAUGUUCGCCUGAUCGCCAUUCAGCCGAUACAGAUCACGGACACGAACGUCCUAGUGUACACUCCUAACGUGGAACACUACAAGUCUCUCCGCCUGUCCCUGGCGCUGGAGACCAGUUCCCAGUCCCCAGUGUACUCCGCCAAGUUAGACGCGGCCGGUCUGACCGCCCACCACAACCCCGGCCUGAUGUAUGUUCUGCCCCGGCUACCGGCAGACAAUAAUACCUAUAUAUUGCAAUUGGAGUCCUCUUUGUCGAAGGCAACACAUUCCUAUAGUGAUGAAGUACAUUAUUUCAACUCGGAUGGACGAUUCAAGCAUUUUACGAUUGAGUUUUUGCCUAAGGUGAAAUCCAGUGAGCAAGAAGUUCGUCAAACAUCUCUUCUCGUCAUUCCCUUGCUGGCUGCACUGGGCAUGGCGUACGUCAUGCGGGACCGCAUCCUGCAAGCGAUCACCACAGCACUGGCCACUAGGGCUGCCAGGCCUCGUCCGGGCCGCGCGGAGCGUCCGGACGCGUUGGACCGCGCCAGCAUCGACCAGAUCGUGUCCGCGCUCAACCCGCCCAGCAAGAAAGCCAAGAAAAAACAAAUAUAAAUGUACUACAACUUCAUGACUUUAGUGAAAGUGAGAAGAAUAUGUGAAGUUUUAUAUGAGAAAGUGAGAAGUGGAAAUGUGAAAAAUCCGAGGUAUUCAUUGUUUAUUAUUGUAAUGUUUAUGUAGACGCCAUUGUUGUAUCAACUCCAAGCCGAAUUUCAACACACAAUGAUUGUGUACUUAUCUCAAUCUCAUUAUCAUUUCACGUCACAAAAGCAAUGCCUAUUAUAAAAAACGUGCAAAAGCAAUAAGUCAACGUAAAGAUUUUUAAAAGAAGCAAUAAGCAGUGUUAAUUUAACUUAAAUAUAUAUUUUUUAAACACAAAUAGUUUGGGUAAACUUCUAAGAAAUAAGAAUAGCCACAUUAUUUACUUCAUGGACAUUCGAACAAAUUCUUCAAGUACACAGGAUGUGUGCUGUAUUAGUUAACAUUUAAAAAAAAUAUAUUAUCAAGUGAUAAACAUUUAUACUUCGUCAUUUUAUCGAAAAAAAAAAUAAUAAAGCGAAUUAAGAAAAUUGGGCAAUUUUGUCCUUAAAUAUUAUUAAGAUUGCUAAGAUCAUAAGAAACACUGAAUUUUAUACACAUUUCAAUCAUUAUUCUUUGGUCUUUUUGAUAUUUUAUUCAACUCAUCCCUAUAAAUACCUGCAAAAAGACUGCAGUAUAACAAAACCAAGUCAUUUUCAAUAAGGAGAUCAAACAACGAAAUACUGAGAGCAGAAUCAAGAACAAUCUCGUUUAUAUCAGAUAAAAAUUUUGAUCAGUAUUUAAAAUUAGAAAAAUGAUCAGUGCCUUUAUUAGCAGGGGUGGCAGGGGCUCUCAGUAAUAUGAAUUAUUCAUAAUUUAUUUAUUAAUUUUCGCUCAUCUUUUAAAAACAUUUCCUGAUGAGUGACGUAUUCCAAUUGAUAUCAUUAAUUAAUAUAAUAAAAUAAGUUAUCUUCGUUAAGCUACAAGUGAGUGAAUUUAUUUAUAUUUUGUUGUGCAUUGUUUUAAACUUUCAAAUGCAUUUAUGUGAUGUACUGGGAAAAUAAAAUGGAUUGUUUGUUUAUAA